AUGCGACAAGCGAUUUUUCCAUAUAAGCCUGAUAACAAAGCAAAAUUUCAACUCAGGCCCGUAAAUCUAGACGAGGGCGGUACAGAAGGUAUGGCUGAAAAGUCAUCUUGGAUUUCUGAUGGACCUUUGAGGCAAAUUGAAAUGGGUUUGCCAAUUUAUGGCACAUUACCACCAGCUUUAGAUCCAUCAAAGCCAUCUCCAAUUGACAAUAUGGUUAAUGUUCUUGUUAACAGGCCAUAUGCCAAAGAUUAUAACAAAAUGUAUAAAGGAUUUGCAACAAAAUACCCAGAAUAUGAUAUAAACGAUCCAGAUACACGUUCAUUUGCCGAAAAACAGUUCAUUGCGUUAAAUUCAAAAGAUAUCAACGAUUCUCUUACAAAUAAAACUGAAGAAUUACGCUUUAAAAUCAAAGACAAUGGACCCAAAUUAUCAGCAUCAACAGAAUCAAGUACUCUCAAGCGUCGUGCAACAACAAGACAGCGACUUCCACCUAAAUAUACAACAAUUAUUCCUCCAGAUGCCUAUUUACAGACAUUUGGUGGCGCAAUUCCAUAUUUUCAAAGUCAAGUCUUCGAGGAUGACAUAUCAGAUAUAAAUGAUAAGCCAAAAGACGAAGGCAAACGCGUUACAGGAAUAUCAGGACCAAGAAAACCAGUUGCAGGCAAUCAAUCAAGUCUUAUUCGUGAAUUACAUUUCGCAUCUCUUUCCAAUGAAGAGGUCGAAGCAGCGAAAACUGAUGAUUCUCCAUUCGUUCCACUGAAAAUUUCGGAAAGACCAACAUUAAAACCAGAUAACUUCUUCAAGAUAUCACCAGAAGACGAGGACACAUGCCAGAAAUGUCUUAAGAAGUACUUCGACCCAACAGUUGGUAAACCAUUCGUUCCGAAAAAUGCAGAACAAGAUUUUCCCCUGAAAUUAUUCGAUGCAGACCCUCAACAAGAACAAAAAGCAUUUGGAUUGGGCUCAAAUGCAAUGUUUGCCGGUUCAAACUUCUUUGAAUCCUCAUUAUCAUUGAACAAUGAUGAUGACGCAAGUGUUGAAAUCGAUCCUAAGUCAACUUUGGUUGAAUCUAAACAAGAUGACAUUUUAUUCACUGCCGAUAAACUUCCUUUCACUAGGAAUGAUGUUGCCGAGUUACGUGCAUUCACUAAACACUGGGAUAAUCUUGUUGAAGACGAAAAGAAAGAGAUUGACAAGAAAUUAAUCAAUAGAAGAAGGAUGAUCAAGAAAACAUUCGAAUCCAAAGAAGUGUUCGAGAACUACUUGAAGCUUCUUGAAGAAGACUGCAAGAGAAUUCAUUCAGGAUUGAUAGGAAAAGGAAAAUACAAAAAGAAAUCAAUGUGGGAAGUUGCUGUCAAAACCGCCAAAAAAGAUCCAACUGCUUUACAUCCACGACGUGAAUUUUGGUGGAGACUUGGUGCUUACUGCAAAUCUUGCGGUGGCAUGAAGGAUCUCCUUGAGAAAGAGUAUGUGAAUGUAGUAAGAGAUCUUCUGAUAAACAGACAUCCAGUUGAUGAAUCUCUGUUUUGGGAUACUUUGGACAAAGUUUCUUCGGAUGUUCUUGAAAAUAUUGCUUCGUUAGGACUUAUUGAGUUCUCUAGAAUUGUUUUGGAUGUUCCACAAGUUGAGUUUGAUAGAUAUCUUGAUAAAAGACACGCAUCAAGAGACAUUUACAUCCAAACUAUUGUUAAUAGCACUUCUAGAGAAACUCUUGAUAAUAUCAACAAACUUGCAAAAGGAAAAAUCGAAGUUCCUGAAUCUAAUUAA